AUGAUUUCAUUACGUGUUUUCAGAACAGCAAUAAGAACACUCAGGAAACAAACAUCAGUCAUUUGUGAUGUGGACUUGUUCUAUUUUUCAAACACAGUGCGUCAUCAAUUUUUAGUUUGUUUACAAUUGCAACGGAUUUCGUCAGUCAGACGAAUGGCUACCUCAGAAAAAAAUGAGCCUUGUAUACAACAUGUUCAAAAGUUAAAUGAAUCGGCUAAGUUUCAGUCAAAUGAUUUGGGAACCUCUGCAUGCUCUGCUGCAAGUGGUCUAACAACAACAGAUAAACAUAUGCAUUUGAAAGCAUCUCCACCACCUUGUGUAGCUGGAAUGAAGGUCCUGGAUAAGGACAAAUUCCUGAAGAAAGUCAUAGUGCAGGCCUUACCCAUACCAAGGAAGAAAUUACAUCUGUUUGCAAAGUAUUUCGAAGAGUGGAAAUUUAAAGAGUGUCGUGUUAGCUUAAAGGGAAUGGACACUGAAAAAGAGAAAGGUUUCAAAACAAUUGUGUUUCAUCCAGAUAAAGUUACCUGUUUUGACGAUCUUGGAGAUGACUUCAAGAAACAUUUAAUUGAAGCUGAUAUUGACUUAAGUCAAUGGUUCGAAGAUGAAGUGGAAUUGAACUUUGACAGCUGGAAGGCCAAAGACAUCUUACAAGCAAUUAUUCCACAAGAAUUAGGGAUAGUGUCUGGUUACUCACUCAUUGGCCACAUCAUACAUCUGAACUUGAAGGAGGAACUUUUGGAGUUUAAAUAUAUUAUUGGUCAGGUGCUAUUGGAUAAACAUGGCUAUAUCAGAACAGUUGUGAACAAACUCAGCACUAUUGACAACACCUUCAGAAACUUCCACAUGGAGAUCCUUGCAGGUGAAGAUGACACUAUUACAACAGUCAGAGAGAAUGGAGCUUCUUUUAAAUUUGACUUUUCAAAAGUCUACUGGAAUACAAGGCUAGGUACAGAACAUGCAAGGAUAGCUCUACAAUUGGAAAAACAAGAUUUAAUGUUUGAUGUGUUUGCUGGAGUUGGACCAUUUGCAGUUAUAGCUGCAAGAAGGGGUGUAAAUGUGUUUGCUAAUGACCUUAACCCACAUUCUUAUGAAAGUUUAGUAGAGAACCUUGCCCUUAACAAAGUGAAAACAAAAGUGAAAUGCAGUAAUUUGGAUGGCAGAGACUUCAUAACAUCUGUGAUGAAACCUGAACUUCUUAGAUUGUGGGAUUUAGGUCAUAUGAGAGUUCACAAGACGUAUGCUGUAAUGAAUUUACCAGCAUUAGCCGUGACAUUUCUCGAUGAAUUCAUUGGUCUGUUAUCAGACAGAGCUGGUGAUCAGGACACUUAUCCAGACCAUCUUAUUCCUUUGGUUCACUGCUAUGUGUUUGGAAAGGCAGCCGAUACAAGACAAGCUGCCAAGGACCUUGUAGAAGAGAACAUUGGGGAGUCACUACCAGAUGAUGCCAAGUUGAAGUUUGUAAGAAAUGUGGCCCCUAACAAAGAUAUGUAUUGUGUGGCCUUCAAUUUUCCUAAACACCUGCUUUUCAAGAGUGAUGGAAAGACAUCAACUGUGAAAUCUCAUCAGUCUUCAGAAGAUGAGCCACCAGAGGACGCGUUACCAGAGGAUGAGCCACCAGAGAAGAGGAGAAAGGCUGAUGACGAAUAAUGAUGCUGUUUACUUUGAUAAUGAUUACAGUUACAAAUUAUAACUAUGUGAUAUUUUAUUCUAUGUAAUGACACAAUUCAUUCUAAAACAUUGAACUAGAGCAAAGGAUGGAAUAUAACUGUCCUUCAGUGCUAGAGCUGAUUCAAGAGGUAACUUUUAUUUGUUAAAAAAUAAGUAUAUACACUACCUAAUCGUUUUGUUCAUUUUUUAUAUUUGCAUCAAGGUUGUUUUUAAGUUCCAAAACAAAAUUGCUGUGCAUGUCAUAUAUGUAAAGACAUUAACCUACAAAAUUGAUUAAAAUGGUAAUGAUAAUAACACAAUUUUAAUUGAAAGAUUGAUAAGCUUGCUGUGCCUUGCCCAAGAAUAUUGUGUUUUGUGGUUAUUUUCAGAGGUGUUCAUCGUCCACAAUUUUCAGAUAAAUUUGAUUACUAAAAUCUCUGCUGAACAUAUUAGCACAGGACAGGUCAUUUUCUUCGAGUGACUCUGUUGCGAACAAGGAAGAAGCCUUGAAAAAUAUGUGCAAGUUCAUGAUACCAAGUGACUUGUUUGGCUAGAAUAAAUUUAUUCACUUCUGUAUUUUCUACAUUUCUAGAGAGAAAUGACAAUAUUUUCUGAGUGGUAGGGCAGCACAGUAGACAUUACACUUUCUUUUUACCUAUUGCAGCAAGACUUUUAAUUCCUUAUCACACAUAUGAAAAUUUAAUGAAUCACCUGUCCAUCCAGCCUUUUUUUAAAGUAGAAAUCAUGGACAGAAUGCAAAAUGACACUGGUUAAAAUAUACAACAUUUACAAGGUUAUAAAAAUCCUGGUAUAACCAACAUUGUUUUUGAGUCAUAGGCACAUAGUUUUUUUUUCAGAUAUUCACAAAAAACACCUGUAUCUUUCUACAAAUAUAUACUGAUGUAAAUUAUUCAAACCAUGAUAUGUAAUUGUAAAAUACAUUAACUCUUUGAUUUAUUGUCAUUUUGCUGUUUGAAGUUGCAACAGAAUUUUUCUCUGAACCCCCAAAAUCAAUUACUAUGUUAAGAGUUAUAUUAAGUUUAAUAUCUUGGACAUCAAAUAUUUUUCCUGUGGUACCUUCCAAGUUUGUGCAAACUUCUAACAGCACUCAGUGAUUAAUGUUCAUAAUACAAUGAGUGAUUUGAAAUGAUGCCCAGACUAGAAAUUUCUCUUUGUGUUAUUACAUAUUCAUACAACCAAUUCAUCCUCACUCAUGGCAAGUGAACAUAGUAUUACACAUUGAAAAUUUUUCACUUUGUUAAACAAUCUACCAUCUUUCAAUUUGUAAUAUCUGCAAUGUUCAUAGAUUGACCAUAGCAUUGGAAUUUCAAUCACAUUGUCAUGCCUUUCAUAUUGAACUCCCUUCAUUGGAGCAAACAUCAUUUACCUGUUCAACAAUUUUAGUUUAAUUCAAAGAAAAGCAUUGUUAAUUUUUCAUUAAUAGAAAUGUCUCUUACACUAGUGCACAUGUUUCUUUAUCAUUUACAUAUAAAACUGAAAAUGGAAUUGUUGGCCUGUGAAAGCCAUUUUUCAUAGUUAC